GGGAAGGGGCGGGGCCGUUCUACCUAGCUGCCUGCAGUGCUGUCACUCCCGAAGGGAGCAUCCGUGUCACUCGUGUAUUCAUUCAUGUAUUCGGACAAAUGGGUGGGUCUGACGCCGUUGUACAUGGCAUUGUCUACAGACUCAACGGUCAGUGCAAUCAUCCUGCCUCGAGCUCCUUCGCCAGUUUGGCCAUUGUCAGUUGUUGCAUCUUGCGCUGAAACAACCUGGGCGCCACUCGAUUCAGCAGCUGCUCGAUGCUCUCGAACGCUUCACCUUUGCAGCUCUCGCUGCCGGCCGGCAUACCAUCGUCAGACAAGAUCUGCAACACGAUGAAUGCCAAUGUCAUGAAUCAUCGCAGGAAUGAGAAAUCAAGAUGUGUGAUGAAUCGCACCUGGAAGCACACUGGUGUGCGCUCGAUGGUGAGCCUUCGCGCGUUGCCGUCCUCUUCUGCCAGCGUGAUGAUGAACGUUGCGGAUGCAUCUGUCAUUGACUGGAGCUGGAAGCUUUCGAAGAAGUCUUGGUAGUGCUGCUGGAUGUGGCCCACAUCCUCACGGACGCUUAUCGACAUCGCCUCUAUCCGGCGAGA